UAAAUUUGUAGUAAACAAAGAUGGCGACCCGAUCCGGGAUGUACUGGUCCCGACGAGGGAUAAUUUUGCUGAUAACUAAUCUACUCAGCGUGGUGGUUGCUGAGCGAUACGGAUCAGAGUCCAACACCAUUCACAUAGCCAAUGGUGGUCGGUCACGAAAAUAUGACGCCCGGACGGCCGUCGUUGACGCUGACACAAGUCUCCAAGUUGAGGGUCUUCACAGAACUCGGAGGUCUGCAAGCCGAGUUCCGCCCACUCAUCAACAUGAACCUCAAGUGACCGCGGCCCAACUAAACGAUAGUCAUAACCAGAUGAUCGUACAUUGGGCGGGUGUUGGAAGUGAUGUGAUCCUCGCACUGUCCAAGAAGAGUCAUCCUGCCAACGACUCAGUCGGCAACAGUACUCUGUUCAUCUCCUACGACUAUGGCAAGACUUUCAACAACAUGGCGUCUAAACUGAUUCUGCCGUCCAACAGGGAACCCAUCAUCGAUCACUACUAUAACAGUAAAGUCUUCAACAGCUACUAUGUUUUCACGGAUGUUGCCAACCACUACAUAUUUACGACAAAAGACUAUGGGCGAACCUUCACAUCGUACAGUGUUCCAUUCCGCCCGAAAUCUAUCGCCCUACACCACAGCAUUCCAAAUAUUAUCCUCGGCACUGACGAUGAUGAGGAAAAGAAACGGGUUUACAGAUCAUUUGACUUUGGGAUGAGUUGGCAGUUGAUGCAGGCAGAGGUGAAGGCAUACUUCAUGGGAGAAGAACCAUAUGACAGGCCAAACGAUACAUACGUGGAACGUAUCGAGAGUGGAGGGAAAAGCACACUGCUGAGGAGCUCGGACUAUUUCACUCACGAUAUCACUACGCUGAUGACUGAUGUGGAGGACUUUGAAAUCAAGGGAGCUUACAUGUUUGUCACUAAAAAAGUGAAUCUCCUUGGUGGACCAGGUGAGACCCUUCAGUUGUGGGUGUCUUAUAAACGAGGUCAGUUCCACAACGCCCGUUUCUCUCACAGAGCUGCUCACAAGGACUAUUACGUAGCAGACGCCUCGGAAGACAUGGUGUUUCUGUGUGUCAAUCAUGACAAUAACUCCACCCACCUGUACCUGUCUGACGUCGAAGGCAAAAAGUUCUCACUCAACCUUGAGAACAUUGUAUAUUACAACCCUAAGGGAGCCAACAAGGACACCUGGCUAAGGUACUUCGCUGACGAGGCCUUUGCCGACCUGGCUAAGAUUGAAGGUAUUCGAGGUGUGUAUGUUGCGUCCCAAAUAAUGAACCUCAGCACAGACCUCAGCCAGGAGACACAGCGAACACUGAUUACGUUUGACAAGGGUGGACAAUGGCAGCUUGUGAAGGCUCCGGCCAGGGAUCGGAGCGGCAAACCAACUAACUGUACACAGAUGUUUAUCGCUAAGGACUUUCACAAGGCAGUCAACUGUUCACUCCAUCUUGCCCAGAAGUACAGCCGUUUGUUCCCAGGGAGUCGGGCGAUACAGAUCCUGUCGCGUACAAAUGCCCCGGGAAUUGUCUUAGCUACAGGAACCCUGGGGAUGAACCUGAAGCGGGAUGCUGAUGUCUACCUGUCCAGUGAUGCUGGGUACACCUGGCACAUGGUUCUGGAAGGUCACAACUUCUACAGUAUUGGUGACCAUGGCGGCCUCCUGGUGGCUGUUCAGCAGUUCGGUAUAACUAACGAACUUUUAUAUUCCUGGAAUGAGGGCCAGACUUGGAACAAUGUCUCAUUCCACUCCGAGAAGAUCCGAGUGUAUGGUCUCCUGACGGAACCCGGUGAGAAGACGGCCGUGUUUUCACUGUUCGGUUCACAUGUCGAUCGACACAGAUGGCUGAUCAUCCAGGUCAACCUGACCUCCAUCUUCAGUGGCACCUGUAGUAAUGAAGACUAUAAGGAUUGGUCCUUCCCUGAUAACCCACCGUUCGCUGGCUGUAUCCUCGGCCGAAAAACAGUGUAUCAGCGAAGAAUUGCGCAUGCUUUCUGUUACAACGGCCUUGACUACGAACGCAAAGUCACACAGAACAACUGUACCUGUAAUCGCGAGGACUUUGAAUGUGACUUUGGAUUCAAACUAAACAGCUCAGGUCUGGUAUUUGGACUGGGUACGUGUGAGGAAGAUCGAGACAGUAGUAUUGAUGUCCAUGCCAUCCCCAAUCCCUGUCCACCAGGAACAUAUUACCAGUAUACUAGAGGAUACCGUAAGGUGUCCGGGGAUAUGUGUAAGGGUGGACUCGACCACAGAUUCUCUCCCCUGAUGUACUCGUGUCCUGUCAAAGAGAUUCCUGAAUUCAUCCUGUACUCGACUCGCUUCACCAUCCAUCGUUAUAUCCUCGGGGAGAACCGUGAUGAGCUACUAGUACAACGAGACUUCUCCCAGCAACACAGUUUGUUUGCUGUAGACUUUGAUUACCGUGCCAACUGUCUGUUCUGGGCGGAUGGUUCACAGAAUAUGAUCAAGAGGAAGUGUCUGAAUGGAUCUAGUGCUGUGGAGAACAUUGUCACACGAGGUCUGGCUUCUGUCGAGUCCCUGGUGUUUGACUGGGCUGGAAACAACAUCUUCUGGAUAGAUUCACACAACCGAACACUAGAGGUUGCAAGGAGCAACGGCCUCUACAGACGAACACUCUUCAACAGAACAAAUCUGGACCAGCCACGAGCUCUUGCACUGGAUCCACACCAUGGGUGGAUGUACUGGACUGACUGGUCAGAUACUAGCCCGCGGAUCAGCAAAGCAUGGAUGGAUGGCAAUCCAAGCACUGUCAAGAUUAUCGUUAACGGCUCCAUUGUUCAUUGGCCCAACGGCAUCACCAUCGACCACCGCCUGGAACGUAUUUACUGGACUGAUGCUUUCCUGGAUCAUAUCAUGUCUGCAGACAUGGAGGGCAACAACCGGCAAACAAUUGUAUCGGGGAGCGCUGUCCCACAUCCGUAUGCCAUUGGCAUGUACAAGAACAUCCUGUACUGGACGGAUUGGUCGAGGGAGUCCAUUAUGAGUGUUGACAGUUCUGACCACGCCUUCAUCCGACCUGUGCUCACAAAUGUUUCUGACAUCAUGGACCUGAAAGUUCUUUCUCACCAGACGCAGCAACUGGAGACCGCAUGCAGUGGGGGAAAUGGCCAGUGCUCACAGCUCUGUCUACCUAAACCACCUACGACUGUAAUGAACAAGAACAAUCGCACCUGUCGCUGUGGUAACGCUGUGACACACACGCUUAUUGAUGAUGGAAAUGAACGAUGCCAUUGUGCAAUAGGCGAAAUCUUCAAUAACAAUACUGGAGCGUGUAUGGAGAGAAAUCAAACCGCAAACGGAUCUUGUGGAGCCCAGGACUUCCCCUGUAACAACGGGAAGUGUAUUUCCUCAGCAUGGAUCUGUGACCGGGACAAUGACUGUGGAGAUUUCAGUGAUGAGCUCGACUGCACAAUGCGUGGAUGUCCUGCGGGAAGUUUUAAAUGCAAGUCGUCAUACCGUUGUAUACCUGAGCGCUGGCAUUGUGACUUUGACAAGGACUGUACUGACGGGAGUGAUGAACUCAACUGCAAUCAUACUACAUGUCCCUCCACGAUGCACACUUGUGACUCAGGACGCUGUAUUCCUAAGAACUGGACUUGUGACUAUGAUAACGACUGCCAUGAUGGUGUAGAUGGGUCCGUAUCUUCAGAUGAACGCAACUGUUCCUACAGUGACAUCUGCCUGUCAAGUGAGUUCCACUGCCAGGCCCAUCAGCCUAAGUGUAUCCCAGUCGGCCUGAAAUGUGAUGGCAAGCGUGACUGUGGUGAUGGGUCAGACGAGAUGAGUUGUACAACAUGUCCAGCCGGAGAGUUCCGCUGUAGUAACGGGUCGUCUUGUAUCUUCAAUAACUGGAAGUGUGACGGUGACUUUGACUGCCCAGAUCAAAGUGACGAGGCUAACUGUACAACCUCGGCCCCACCUGUAACGACCAUUACUCCACCUCAAACAUCAUGUCACUUUUGGCAGUUUACCUGCCACAACAAUGCCUGUGUUUGGUGGAGUGACCGCUGUGACCAGGUCAACGACUGUGGAGACAACAGUGACGAGUUCAACUGUGAAGUUACAAACACCACCACUCCUGUUACCCCUGUCUGUCGUGUCACUGAAUUCAAGUGUCGGGACAACCAAUGUAUUGGGAUUGGUCUUCGGUGUAAUGGUCAGGAUGACUGUCUGGAUAGAAGUGACGAGGACAACUGUUAUAUCAGCACCCCGACGACACCAGUGAGCUGCAGUCCCGAAGAUUUCCAGUGUGACAGCACUUUGUGUAUUCCUACAUCCUGGGUCUGUGAUGCUUACCCAGACUGUGACAAUGGCCAGGACGAGAUCAACUGUAAUGCUACCCAGGUAUGUGGUGCCACCGACUUUCGAUGCGAGAUGGUCGAGGGAUGUAUUGAGAGAAAACGUUUAUGUGACGGGGUGCCGGACUGCGCUGACAACUCUGACGAGUACAACUGUGGCACAUCUACACCUAGUCCCACAGAUCACUGCCAGGGAUGUGACACUCGCCAUAUGACCUGUCAGAGCUACUGUAAGUGUGUCCUGUGGAUGAAAACCUGUGACCAAGUAAACGACUGUUUGGACAGCUCGGAUGAACAACUGGCCGCCUGUCAUUAUCCUUAUGCAAACACUGGGUACCUGCAGUGGCUCGAAAGUGGCAGUGUAAACCUGUCAAUAUCCUGGAGUGUUGUGCCAGGGGUCAACCUCUCCUUCAUUGUCUCUUUCAUUGAGGCCAACAAUGAGGGAUCCUAUCAUAACAAGAGUGUUGGAGAUGUUAACAGGUUCAGAUUAACCAACCUUCGACCUCUCACCAUGUAUUACAUCAGAAUAUACGCCUACGAGAAGGCUGGCCACGAGUUCCCAUACACCAAAACAAACCAAUUCAGGACUACAGAAGGACUGCCCAGUGCCCCCAAAAACUUCCAAGCAAGUUAUAAUGACCAGGAUUCAUACUUCACUCUCAAGUGGAAGUCUCCGGGAAACAGCAGCGGUAUCAUUCAACGCUUCACGGUAUAUUAUACCUCCACGGACUCCUCGACCACAAACAAGCAGACCGUACCACCUAUCAGCUCCUACAGGCUGUACAUCCCCACUGUUAAUGGAGACCAAUCUUACACGUUCUGGGUAACAGCCUCCACCAACUCUGGAGAAAGCCCUAGUUCCAAAAAGGUAACUCUUACAGUGGACGAGGGACUGUUGACCAGUGGUGUUGAGAACCUGGUGUUGACCCCUGGUCAGUACAAUGUGUCCCUGACAUGGUCCAAGCCUAAUAGCUCUGCUAAGGUGGAUCAGUAUGAGGUGAUGUACAACGACGCCUUGGGAACGGAACAAGUACUGAAGACAGCUGGCAUAAGGCUGACGGUACCCCACCUGUGUCCAAGUGUCUCUUACACUUUCUACGUGAAGGCUGUCAACAACCAUGGAACCAGUCCAACUGUGUCACAGAUAGCAGCUCCCGCAGGUUCAAAGCAAUUCAACUCCUACACACCAUUCAAACUUUCCUCCGAGAAUUUCAGCCCCGGAAAAUACCGCAUCAAAUGGAAAACUGGGAAAACUCCUCCUUCAGAUUUGACCUACAUCCUGUAUUAUGACUACUCGGCGAGGGACAUGGAGCUUGAGAAUAUUGAGAGUGAGGCACACUCUGUAAAUGUCUCUGGCAGCAUGUCCUACACACUCACCUCACUCCGAGCCUGCGAGACUUACUUCUACCGAGUCGGAGUGGUGUUACCAGGGACAUGCAGGCCUUCCAAACAGAACUUUUUCACUACUGCAGCAGAUGAAAAAGCGCCUCCCAAGAAUACGGACUUCAAACUGGAUUACAACACCAAGACCAGUGGAGUGUUGUCCUGGGACGCACCGUGUCUCAACAUCAACGUGCCCGACAACUACACUGUAUACAUCGUUGAGGUAAACACCAGCACCUCAAAUGCCUUCCUAAUGCGGUCAACGUUCAUGAACCUUACUGACUUGAAGCGUGGUGCCACCUACAAUUUGACAGUCCGCUCCAACUUCUUAGAUUCCAGACGUUCAGAGCCCUACAUCUUCAAAGUUUCACCCUUUGGGGCCCCAACAGAAUUCGAAGUUCUCAUAGAAAACAGUGGUAAAGUAAAACUAAUGUGGAAGCCUGCCAAGGACGCUCCUUCAGACCAACAAUUCAAGGGCUAUGACGUUUUCUACAGUCGACACCACCAUGUAGAUGUGAGCGGCAAUAUUGACCAUGAUCAAAAGGACAACUACACUUUCCACCAGACAACCACAGCUGUUUCCAUGGAGAUUGCCCUGGAUGGUACAUACGAAUACUACUUCAAAGUGCGUUAUGCUGCGGUCGACCACUACCCGGGCACGUUCACCGAGCCAGUCCAGGUGGCAGCCUCAGGAAUUCUCCAUUUGCCAGUGAACCAGGCAACUGUGGCAUUGUCUAAGAAGAACCUCAUCGGGAUAUUUGUUGUGGUGGCCGUCAUCGUUGUAGCUCUUGUUGUUGUUCUUGCUGUCUUUCAUCGUCCGCCAUCAUCGACUACAGCGUAGCUUCCUGUCCUUUGCAAACAGCCACUACGACACCCGCUCUGGGACAACCACCUUCUCAGGAGCCAAUGAACUUGGUGAGGAUGAAGAUUCUCCAAUGAUCCAAGGUUUCUCCGAUGAUGAACCGCUGGUUGUGGCGUAAAGUGGUCGUGGAAAUCUGCAAACUCAACAACAAAUCCAAUAUUACCAUCAUCAGAAUUGAUGAUGGUGCCCCUCUGGGGACGUUAAGCUGUUAUAUUGUCUCAUCUUUGGCCAUCAUAAACUUUUUAACUGUCAGAUGGGCAUCAGGUGUUAUCGGACUAGAGAUAAUAGGAUGUUCUUGGAUCGGUGAAGUUGGAUGUUAAUCCUGAGAUUACAACACCAGGUACUGGAGCACCUUGCCCAGUGCCUUAUGCAUAAUAUAGAGUCCCUCUCCAGUAGCCAGGAACAGGAACCUUGUUAGUCACGACACUGUUGCUAUGGAAACAUGUGCUGAAAACUACUCAAGACCCUUGUGAAGCACAAAAAGAAAUAUUUUUAUUUUGAGGUCAGAGGUCAGUGUCAGAUUACCAAGGUUCCUGAUUAAUGAGGUGAACUUUUAUCUGUGCCCAUCAUUGAGAUUCCGACCUCUCUGCACUUAGGAGAUAAGACUGGAGUUUUGAGUGUGACUGUGACUUAGGGAGCUGAUGGGGCGACCUGUUUGUAGUGGAGAGUAAGUGUGAACUUUGUGAUAUUCUUAAACAAGUUCCAGAGUGUAAGAUAACGUACAUAUCAUGACUUUUUCUCCCUCGGGUCAAAGGUCAACUCGGUGUUUUGUUUUGGAGGUGAAUCAUUACAUCAUAUUUUAUGCAUAUAAUGUAUGUUGAUUACCAAGGGGAGACAAUUCACUAAUAAAUAUUUUCCAUGAUUUCUUCUCUAAAAAUUAUUACACGAUAUUGAAAUCAGUGUUUGAAUCACAAAACGACCAUAGGUUAAAUAUUUGGUAAUAUUGUAAAUCUGAUACAAGUUAUCUCCCUUCUUUGGGUUGUCGGUAUCACAUACUGGAUUGUCUCCCUUUUCUGUGGCGAUCUGACUGAUGACCCCACAAGGACACCAGUGAUCCAUUGGAUUAAGAUCUGUUGGUUUUAUUUUUUGUAAUUUUAACAUUUAUAAUUUGAUCUGAUUAAGUAUGCUUUCUAUAUAUUACUGAUAAAUGUUUUUGAUUGAUGAAGAGUGUUGAGUGCUAAAUGUGAAAAAUGUGUCACUAUUAUGUGGAUAUUAUGUUUAUUUAGCAAUUUUGUGAUUUAUUUACCAAUGAUCAUAUCACCCUCUAAGUUCAUAUUUACUGUAUAUCUGUUUAUAUUUACUGUAUAUCUGUUUAUAUUUACUGUAUAUCUGUUUAUAUUUACUGUUUAUCUGUUUGUGUCUCCUCUAUGUCUUUAUAUUUACUGGAGCUCCGUAUGACUGAACAUCUUAAUGUAAUAAAAUAUGGUCAUGUGACUAUAAGUUCUCAUUUUGGACCACAACUUAACAAUCAAACCUUUGUUUUAUCACGGGCAAAACUCCAACCACACUUUGUUCAAACUCAUAAUGAAAUCUUGAAUCUCUGAAAUCUGCUGAAAUCUCUGAAAUCUUUUAAAAGCGUUUCCUAAUUUAAUCAUGUUAAGAGCGAUAUUAAAAAUAACCUGCGUUUAUUCUAUUUAUUAUUUGAUAAAUUUUAGAUUUCUCAGCUUUCAUAAGUAUCUCUUAAGCAUUUAUUAGAGGAGUGCAGAAUAUAAGAUGGCUUUAAGUUUUCUAUAAUUAUGUUACUGUAGCAGCCUGUCGACAGAUCUAUUUUUAGCUGACGAGGUGUGACCGUAGCUUUAGCUCGUUAUCUUAUGUUGUACAUCUUAUUGUAUUAUAACUAUUUAUACUAAUGAAAAUGCAAAUGUGCCAUUAAACAAAUGAUUAAGAAAACUCUUAGUGUCUCCUGAAGAAGAUAUAAAAUUUUCUGAACAAAACCAUUUUGGAAGAUGCCGACAUUAAUCGUAGGAAUAAAAGCCCAGUCAACUUACUGGUAGUGUAGCAUGUUUUAACAAACCAAAGUUUAUAACUGCUGUAAGCUGUCGGUGGUGUCAGUUAAUUGGUAACUUUGUCAUCAUUAAAAUUUUGUUAAUACUAUGACAGAUAAUUAAGAACGAUAUUGUUUGGGUAUCACAGCAGGCAGUCCAAAGCUUCCAAAAUCUGGUGGGGAAUGCUGGUAUAAUUAUGACUUAUUUUUUAUAAAAAAUGAAGUAUAUGGAUGGUGUAUAUAAAAUAUUUACAAAUUGGUACGAUUCCAAUGGUAGGUGGUUGCCAUGUGACGGUGCAAUUUUGAUAGUGUAAGUCGUGAUAGAUUUUGUAUCGCCUCUGGUCUCUGAACAUGUGUUCGGACAAGAUUUAGUAAGAUCUGUCAUUGAAGGUGGCAGAUCAUGUAGAUAUGGCUCGUCUUGAAACUGUUAUACCUCGUUGGAAGAAAUGUGCCACUGUGACCUUGACAUUAGGUGUAAUUGUUUUAUAUCAGGGGUGGCCUACUCGCAGUAGAAUUGUGUAUUAAAUGUCCAUGAUUUAUUUACAUUGAUUUUCACUUUAGUUAAUGGGACAUGACCUAGUAAUGUGAGCCUUUCUGUGAGGAGGCGUGGCCUAGUGUUAUGGGUGUGGCUUAAGUGUAUGAUAAGAGGUGUGGCCAAGUGAGAUGGGAUGGCUGUAAGGAGGCGUGGCCUAGUGUCAUGGGUGUGGUUGUACAUGAGGGACAUGUGGCCAAAUGUCAGGGCAGUUUAUGUGGGAGACAUGGCCGGGUGACACAAUGGCCGUUUGUGAAGGAGGGGUGGCUAAGUGUGAUGGGCAUGGCUGUAUGUAAGGGAGGUGUGGCCUAGUGUCAUGGGUGUGGUUUAUGAAAGUGAGGUGUGGUCUAGUGUCAUGGGCGUGGUUUAUGAAAGUGAGGUGUGGUGUAGUGUCAUGGGCGUGGCUUAUGUAAGGGAGGUGUGGUCUAGUGUCAUGGGUGUGGCUGUUUAUGAAAGAGGCAUAGCCAAGUGUCACAGCUGAAUUUGCUGGAGGCAUGGCCUUGUGUCAUGGGCGUGGCUACAAAUGAGGAGGUGUGGCCCAGUGUCAUAGGUGUGGCUACAUAUGAGGAAGGUGUGGCCUAGUGUCAGAUGUGGCUGCAUGUGAGGGAGGUGUGGCCAAGUGUCACGGCUGUGUGAUGGAUGUGAGAGCACUUUUAACCAGAGAACUGAGGACCCCUGAUAGGGGCAAUCUGUCAGAUUAUAGAUCUGCCAUUCAUAUAUAAAGUUUAUUUUUCCUAUAUGUGUCAUGUUUUUGUUUAUGUGUAAAAUCAUUGAUGGAAAUAUGUCUUAAAUACUAUGUACACUACAAAUCAUGUCUAAUGUAUGAAACAACAUUUCUCAUUUUGUACAAACUUGUUUCCCUCAUGCUUGUUAUCCCGAUGUGCUGCGAUUGGUUAUAAUACAAAAGCAAUACUUCAAUUUGAGUGUCCCAUCACUCUUAAUGGGAGAAUGAUCCAGGGCUUUUUCCAAAUCAAAAUAAUUUUAAGUAGAAAAUUUUGAAAAAUAUUAAUUUGAUUUUAUUAAUAUAGCUUGAUGCAUUUAAGGGGUAUGUCCUGAAGCCCCUCCUUAGAGCUGAUUUGUUAUAAUAUGUACCGACAAUAAAUAAAGUUUGAAUUGAAUUGAAUUGAAAUGAAGCCCCACAAAAGCUUGUGGAUCAUUCUCUAUAAAUGUGUUACUCAUUAUAAUUGCACACAAAAAAACAUGUUCCCAAGUAUAUAUAUCAAAAUGUACCAAGGAAUACAAAUACUUUUGUUGAUAAUAUGACUUGUAUUCUUCAUAAAAGCCGUGGUAAAAUUGUACAAUGGUCUUAUCGCCAAUGCUCUGUCUUGGUCACUCUCAUUGUGUAUAUUUUUACCUGUGUGUUAAGCAGAUGUCAGUUUGUUCCAGUGCUAAAAGUCUUCAACACCAGUAGGAUUUUCCCAUGGCAGACCGACUCAUUUUAUGAACCGUUGGGCGUGUUCACGUUACGGCUUGGAGACGUUUGGGUUGUAUGUAAUGAUGUAAAAUGAUCUUUAUAAUGAUAUUUAUAUUCUGUUAUGGAUGUUUACACAGAAAUGAUAUUCGAAAAAAAAUAUUUACACAGUAAAACUGUUUGUUACUAUGGUACAUAAUAAAUGUAGGUGUUGGGGGAAAUUCCUAAGAAUGGCGAGGCCUGUUUGGUGUUGGGGGAAAUUCCUGAAAAUUCCUAAGAAUGGCGAGGCCUGUUCGGUGUUGGGGGGAAAUUCCUGAAAAUUCCUAAGAAUGGCGAGGUCUGUUUUGUGUUGGGGAAAUUCCUAAAAAUUCCUAAGAAUGGCGAGGUCUGUUUUGUGUUGGGGGAAAUUCCUAAGAAUGGCGAGGCCGGUUUGGUGUUGGGGGGGAAAUUCCUGAAAAUUCCUAAGAAUGGCGAGGUCUGUUUUGUGUUGGGGAAAUUCCUAAAAAUUCCUAAGAAUGGCGAGGUCUGUUUUGUGUUGGGGGAAAUUCCUAAGAAUGGCGAGGCCGGUUUGGUGUUGGGGGGAAAUUCCUGAAAAUUCCUAAGAAUGGCGAGGUCUGUUUUGUGUUGGGGGAAAUUCCUAAGAAUGACGAGGCCUGUUUGGGAUAUAUUUAAUGAAGCCUGGCUCGCUGUGCUACUCAGCCCAAGUUAAGCUGUAGUAGUGACCACCAUUCUGUUGUUGAGUAAUUGUGGCACUGGUUCUAUGCAAUAUGUUAAUUGAAAAACAUUCCAUUAAUAAAAUCGUGUUAAUUCCAUCGGA